UGUCGUAGCAUCAGGGGAGCGUGCACGCGCGUCGUCUGUUUCCAACCCAUCCAUGGUUUACUGCAUUUGGCUUUCAUCAGUUUAUGCAGAUACGCCGAAAAAAAGCGCAAGAUCUAUUGCUUUUGCAGAGAAGAACUGGAAAGCUGCAAAAGUGGGCGUAGAACUUAGGAAACAGAAGACGGAAGAGAACGCCGCGGCGGGAGCUCCUCACCAUUCCCGCCAGUUACCACACCGGAACCUUCCUCUUUGCACACUCCAUCCACACGACUUGCAAGUGCCCAGAAAAGGAAGCGUCUGUUUACCACAGAAGAAACAGCAUGUCAAUUCGGUGGUCGGCAAUCCUACUGCGACGGGCGGCGACGCCCCUGAUGCAACCCUCCAGGACACUUUACAACAAGGGUUGCUGAAGUAUGGACAGUCAUUCACGCACAACAGCUUCGGGAGUGACAGCAUGGAUGUGGAAACCGUACCUCUAAGAUCGGACAUAGAGCUGUGGGAUCGCACCACCAUUUGGUCAAACUUUCCAGAGCUGUCUUACACUGAAAUGAUGGAAAGUGAUAGUGGCCUCAGGCGGUGGCUUGACAUGUUUUAUAAGUAUGGCAUAGCAGUCCUUCGUGGAGUACCAACAGAGAAAAAUAAGAUCACAGAGGUAGUGGAGCGAUUUGCCUAUGUGAGGGAAACCCAGUAUGGCCGAACCUUUGAUGUCAUUAACAAAACCGAAGAGGGUGCCCACCUGGCCUUCACUGGACUGGCUCUGGCCCAUCACACAGACCUGAAUUACAGAAAACAGACUCCAGGCAUUCAGCUCCUCCACUGUCUCACGGCUAAUGACCCGAAGCUUUCUGAUGGUGAUACUGGAGGUCGCUCCUUCUUUGCUGAUGGCUUUCGAAUUGCUCAGUGGCUGGAAGAAAAUGAACCAGCAGCCUUCCAUGUUCUCACCUCCACACCAGUUCGAUUUUGGGUGAGAAAUGAAGGGCAGCAGUACUCUGCAGUGUGGCCUGUCUUGUGCACUAAUUCAGAUGGAGAUGUGAUUGAGUUGCACUACAACAACCGCGUCAUGCAGCCCCUCCAAGCUUCCACCCAUGUGGUAAUACCCUUCUACCAUGCUUACAAGCUCUUCUCAGACAAACUUCGUGACCCUUCAAGCAAUCUAGAGUUCAGCUUGGUGCCAGGUGACCUAGUGGCUUUCAACAAUCACAGGGUCCUUCAUGGUCGAACUGCCUUUAAUCCUACCAAGGUGGCUAGACACCUUGUCGGCUGCUAUGCUGACAUGGAUGAGGCCCUCUCCAAAUAUGAUUCGCUCCAGGCCAAGCUUCUUCCCGGUGGAUCAUGAUGGUCGGUCCAAGGCUUCUUCCCGAUGGGUCCUGAUGGUCGGCCCAGCCCGUUCUGGCGCAGGCGAGUGUUUAUAGUGGCGCCAUCUUGCAUUGGCUCAUGCUGCCCUCCCGGAGGUCAUCUUUAAUCCUAGAAUCUAGAGUCCGGGUUGAUAGGUGGUCUUCUGGACACCAUGUGGGUAGUUUUAAGCCACUCGGCGGCGGCUGAAAAAUCCCAGCUUGGUGGCACCGGUCGGGGAUUGAACUCGCGUCCUCCUGAACGCGGGGCCGUCUCGCUAUCUGUUCAGCCACCGCCUCCCCAAACUAAUACUCAUUGGUAAAGUAGGGAACAUACGAUAUUGCUGUGCGUUGCAUCGGUGCUCAUUUCCACCUCCUUGACCUUUUGGGCCUGAGGUAUACUUGUAUCCACCAGCCCGGGGACACUUGGCCCUGUGCAGUACAGAGUCCCACAAUUUACCUUAACCAAGUUUCCCCAGGUACCCGUUUAUCGACCAACCCGAAAGGAAGGAUGAACAGGAGCAAUAACGGGGUGGGCUGUGCGCCGAAGGCACCUAAUCGGACUCGAACCGGUGCCCCAAGGAGUGGUAGGCGGUCACAGAAACCGCUCAGCUACGGAGGCGCAGGGGCUGGGGUGUAAGGAGAGAAAGCCAUUUUAACUCACUCUACCCGGAAAUAGACUCCAAAAUCUCUAUUCAACCCAGAAAUUUCGGUUGCGAGCCGAGUGCCUAGUGCCCCCCCCCCCCAAAAAAAAAAAAAAAUCAGGAUCCGCCACUGCCGAAGGCCCUCCAAUUUCAAUGUUGCCUUUUCUUAGAUGAGACCAUUCAUUAACCUGCAGCUUAAGUCUGCUGACUGUGUUGAGUGUCAGACUGUGAACAACAGCUCCAUCAGGCUGUACAAAGUCAAAAUAUGUCUCACUAAAGUUACUGUCACAGUAAGCACAAACCAACCUAAUUGGAAUUGAAGGAAAAAUUGUAGGGAAACAUGCCAAUAAGUCUUAUCUGUUUUUUGCCUUUGUAGGCAUUUUUCCAUUUGUUUAGUACCCGUAUGGCUCCUACUUUCUGAAAAAAAACUUCCUUUUUUUUCUAAAACUGAUGAGUUUCUCUUCUAGAAAUACCUUGAGGUCCCUUUCAUUUGUCUCACUGAUUAAAUAGACCUGUCAUAUUUUCAAGCUUUGGAAUAUUCUUAACAGAUAAAAAAACUAUGAUUUUAA